UUGAUCAAAUUUUUCGAUACAGAAACAUGCAAAAAAUAAAUCAUUCAACUCUUUCAUUUCAAAACUUGUAAUUAAUUUCAACUAUUAAACGUGUCUAAUUCAUUAAAAUUUUUAGUAAGAUAUUUAUAUUCAACUGUUAUGUAUCCUAUUAUCUGAAGUGAAUAAUGGAUUAAAAUUCUUUACAUAUAUAAUUUAUUCAAAUCAGUUUGAAACAAGGAAUGCUAAGUUCUGGGCCAUCUAAACAAACUAAAAUUCCACCUAUAGUUGUUCCAUUAAUAGAAAUGUUUGAAGCGUACUGCGAUUUGGAUUUGCUAGCUGACAUAGUUGAUGCAGAUUUACUUCCAUUCUCUCAAUUAAAAAAAUGGUUUAUGAAAGCUAAAGUUAUUGACAUGUCACGGGUUACUAUAACUGAUGCUUUCCUAUGCUUUUUUCAAUUUAAAAAACGAGCCAUUUCGUACGAAGAAUUUCUUGCUUACUUAGAAGAUUUAGCGGAAGCAAAAGAAUUAAAUCUGAAAGAAAUUAAACAUAAAUUACAAACUUGUGGAAAGCCAAUUGCACCUCGUCAUAAUAAUUAAAAAUGAAAUAGAAAUAAUAAAUAAUCGUU